UUUAAGAAGACAUCAUGCUAGUGAAAAAUAACCAUAAGGUGAAAUUCAGCUACAAACCGAUGAAACCUCAAAAAGAAGAAAAGUUACAUAAAUUGCCUUACGAAUACAGCCUGAUCAAGAGAAGUGCUCAUAGCUGGAUGAAGAGAAAUUCCUCUCUAGGUAGAAAAGCAAGCAUCUACAGCCUCUCUGAGCUUCAAAAGCCAUUGUCAAUAAGUCAGAAGAAGGAUUUGUUUAAAAACUAUGAUCCUAACAGCACCAUUGAUCCUUCGAACCCUUACAAAAAAUUUGCUAAUGAGUCAAUCCCAUUCACCAAGCUUGGUAGAGGAAGAAAACCUCUUCACUAUGAUUUUGGGAUCACCAGCAAGUACUACAAGACUCCAAAGAAGGCAACUGAAUUGCUUAAUACAAGGAAUUCGGUCAUUCGGCAAAAUUUAACCGAAAUUGAUCAAAGGAGACACGCUAGGACUAAUAGCAGAGAGAGAACUUCGUUCAAACCUUCAUAUUAUGUAUUUAAUGACCAAAAGUUGAAGGACCAAGUCGACAAUAAUUUAAAUAUCCUGGAUGACGGGUAUAAAAGAGCCGAGAAGCUGAGUAAACUUAAAAACACAAAACGUAUCCUACUCACUCAGCCAGAAGCUACAGAUAAGAAAUUAUACUCCCGGAAAAUUGAGGAGUAUCGCAAAUAACCUUAUUGACAAAGAACAUGCUAUUGAUGUCGUCCAACUAUUACGUAGAGGUAAUAAUUCUUGUGACCGGAAAAGACCGUAUAAUAAUGGAACUCGAAAAUGAGUUCCAACAACAAUGUUACCUUUUGACCCUAAAGUAGGGAAGGGUCCUCAGUCCAUUCUCAAGAGAAAAAAUCAAAAUUCGAGCAUAAUUAGCGCGCAGAGUUAUUACAGAUUUGAUGAAUAAUGCAAAUUUCAACUUUAAAGCUA